CUUCGAUCUCGCAUUGCCAUCUUUUGCCUGUAUUGCGUUUCUAGGUUCUAUUCUUGUUACGGUAUCGAUCUCGUCACACAUUAGCGUUGAAUUCUCGCUGUCAUGCACUAUGGGAAGCAUGCAUCUCGGAGCGCAGCCUUCGACGAUUCCGGCUCAGAUGCGCCAGACAAACAAUACAAAGUCAAGGCCGCCGACCUUGGGUUCGAUGCCCCAGACUUUCUCUUGCCCGAUAUCAUACCUAUUUCCGACUCGAGGUCAGACUAUCUGAACAUUCAUCAUCAACGAGAUCGAAGAUUACGUCUCCUCCUUCGACGCUUCACCAAUCAGAUCCAGUAUGGCUGUAGGAACACCAACUGCAGCACGCCCACCUGCUUGAGUUACAGGAAGAGAAACAGCACAGGGCCAUUGAGAAAAUAUACAGACUUGAGUGCUAGGACGCUUGCAUGUCAGCUACUCGAAGACUUCUCGAGAGGUGGCAAAGAACCGCUCGCCGAACUCUGUCCUAAUGAACCCGUCGUGCCCUGGUAUGAGGACCCCGCCGUGGCCAAGAGGAGGCGUGCCAGCUUAGACAAGACGCCGUAUGUGCAAAAUGGACAUUCUGUACCGCCCAAAAGUCCACUCCAAGCGCAGCGCGCACGGCAUUCCUCCCCGAGAUCGCAAAGCGCGACUCAGGAGCGAGCGAAGUCCAAUCACGACGGGGUCGUCCAAGCAGGCCAGGCCAUGCGAGGUCUCGAUAUCUCCAGAGAGCCAAAGGAAAUUUCUCAGGAUGUUGUCGAUGCGGUGAAUUCACAAAACUCUAGUCGGCGUGGCGAAGAAGGAGGACAAGAACGUCAAACACACCAUAAUGCCAUUCCCAAAUCUCAGACAGCCUAUCGCUCGCCUGAUCCCGUAAGGUCGAAGGACAUUGCUUCAUUCACACAGACUCUAUUCGAUCUUUUGCCUUUACGACUACUUGACUGGUUUCCUUCAAAAAGCCUACGCUACGUCGCCAGUGAGACGCAUCUCUCCGAGGGUGAUGAAGAUGAACAGAUGUGCGGCGAGAUAAUAGCGUCGAACGGUGCACAGCAAGAUGCUGGGAACCUCCAAAGCUCAAAUCCCCGGUCUACAUUACCGAGACCCGGUCAUCCGAUUGAGCAAGAAGCACAUGAUACGAUAUCGCCAGACAAUGAAAGCGAAGGUUGUCUGCGAGUGAGCUCGUACAGCCUUCGAACUCUGGACUGGCCCACCCUAUCAUGGCUCCACGACAUGGAAAUAUCAAACCCUUCCCUUUACAAGCAAAGUGUGCUACCCUUUUUUCGACAAAGCUGUUCAUAUUGUCUCAGCCACCCUCAUCGUUUGAUACGCGCAGUCAAAAACUUUCAACAAUCUCACCCGAAUCCUGUUGUCCUUGAAGAUCAUGAGGCUCCAGAUAAUUCUAUCAAUACUCAAGCGGACGAUACGCCUGACGAUGUACCGAAAUUGGCAACGCAGUCUAAAAGAGACCUUGACAGCUUAUUGUUAAGUUUCGCCCUCCUGGAAAAAUUUGAACAGCGUGAUUUGGUUCUUGGUUGUAUCCUGACAGCCUUGCAGCAUGCAUAUCGCUUACCACGCGGGGUGACCGCACCGGGGGCUGGCAGGCGUAGCCUGUCCAUCACCGAAAGCGAUACGAGAGCGUGCGCUAACAGCAGAAGACAUUCCUUCGUCCCAUCUGAGGUUUUGUCAGAUGAAGCGAUGGACAUAAGUGCCAUCUUCCAGCAACAAGACAACUCGCUCCUACCACUCAGCGAUCAUCAUGUGGCAGAACUGUGCCUAAUAGGACUGAUGUCGAUUGCCUCGCUGGCCUUUUAUGGAUUCCACGGGCCUUUUUGGGGCCGCCAAGCACCUUUUGGUCGUCUCGCGACCAUACGUAAUAGUGGUCGCGCCCAUUCACGAUGGGAGCCCCUCGAACGCGAUCACAAUGGGAAGAUCCUACAUUUCUCCCGACAGUAUAUGAAUUUAAUGAUUCACUCUCUCGAUGUCCUCGACGAUUGGUCCGUGCUUCGGCUUCUCUAUGCAAUCACCGACAUCAUCAGUCAUCGGCUUCUUGCAGACAAAUCGUCUGCAACUAUUCAAGACCCAGCCCGAGCUGGUCUUAAGGAGAAAAAGAAGAAGAGCAUGGUCACUUUACUGGUCCAGCGCUUCGACAAAGACACCUUGAGAGCAUGGAAGUCUCCGGAUCAAAGAUCAAGCCGGAUCGGGACCAGCGUCAUCGAGCUUUUGAGGACAGUAUUGCUGAAAGCUUGGGAUCGGAAACCUAUCGUGCAACGAAACGGUUCAGUUGGUGGCACUCUGGAAUUGUUGGCUGGCCUAUACCACGAAAGAAAGCAGCUGAAUUUGAACUCGGAGCUUUUCCAUAUGCCAUUCAUCGCCGACGUGUUUGACGAAGCGGCGAUGCCUCGUGAAUGGCUAGCCUUUCGCGCAGAUACUCGAAAAAUGCAUCUGCUGUCCUUUUCGUUCCUCUUUGAGCCCGCCACCUUGGUUAGGUACUUCAGAGCUCUCAACCUCGACAUGAUGAAAAAGUCCUACGAAAGUGCUACCCUGGUCUAUGGCGAUGCAAGGCAGUAUUUGUGGGCUCCAAAAAUCCCUGUCUACGGUCACAAGGAGAUUCUAGCUCAACUACGACCACAUAUGGCUCGUUAUUUCGUACUCACGGUCCGGAGAGACAAUCUGUUGAACGAUGCAAUCAAUCAGAUAUGGCGUCGGCAACGGGUGGAGAUCAUGCGUCCCCUUCGGGUCCGUGUGGGCAAGGACGAGGGCGAAGACGGCGUCGACUACGGUGGCGUGCAACAAGAAUUCUUUCGCCUUGUCUUUGCGGAGGCGUUCGACCCGAAUUACGGCAUGUUUACUAUCGAUGGUUCGACAAGGACAGCAUGGUUCCAGCCUGGAUCGUUCGAACCUCUCUACCGCUUUGAGGCCCUCGGAAUCUUAAUGUCCUUAGCGAUCUACAAUGGCAUUACGCUGCCAGUGACGUUUCCGGUGGCACUAUAUCGCAAGCUUCUUGGUCUGAAGGUGAAAAAGCUUGAUCACAUUGCUGAUGGUUGGCCAGAAUUGACCAGAGGGCUCAAGACUCUACUGGAAUGGUCGGACGGUGAUGUCGGCGACGUGAUUGCCAGGACUUACGAGUUCAGCUACGGACUUUGUGGCAGCACUGUGACAGUUGACAUGCUCAAAAUCGGCCGUGAGGAUCCGUGGCCUCAACUGAAGUCACGCCCCAACAGAAAGGGCAAGGAGAAGGCAAAGUCCACUUCCUUUGAACUACCACUGGAACCGUCAUUAACACCACCGAGCCAGCCAUCUCCAGACUUGCAACCAACGAUUACACCGGUGCGCAGGAAGUCGUCGAUUGAUAUCAAAGGCAUUUCGACGCCUCAGAGCAUCAACAGCGAUCUAUUAGAAGAAGCUGCCCUGGUCACCAACGCCAAUCGGGAGCAAUACGUCAAGGACUACAUUUUGUGGCUCACCCAUAAAUCCGUGCAACCCCAAUACGAGGCCUUUGCCAGGGGGUUCUUCACCUGCCUUGAUCGCACGGCACUCUCGAUAUUCACGGCCGAAGCUCUCAAGACUGUGGUGGAGGGACACCCCCAGAUUGACAUCAACGAGCUCGAAGACACGGUCACGUACGAAGGAUAUGAGCGGGAAUCCGAAUACAUCCGAGGCUUUUGGCACGUGGUGCGAGACUUCAGCCCCGAGCAACACAAACAACUCCUCGAGUUCGUCACCGCCAGUGACCGCGUGCCUGUCAACGGUCUACGCAGCGUACAAUUUGUUAUUCAGCGCAACGGAGACGACGAGGACAGUCGACUACCCAGUAGCAGCACCUGUUAUGGACGGCUCUUGUUGCCUAUGUACAGCUCCAAAGAGAUUUUGAGAGACAAGUUGAGCAAAGCGAUAGAGAACAGUGUGGGGUUUGGUACGCUGUAAAAGAGUGCUGGCUUCGGGCUUGAAUGUCUAUCUCUUUUCUGUUCCGGGUACCCGCCUGGAGGCGAGGGUAUAAUACAAGCAUGAGGUAGUUUAGAUCGACGAAUCAUGGUUUUUUCUUCCUUUGGCUAGGAUGUGAAGAUGAGAUUCGUGACAACGAUGAUCUCUGUACGAAUAGUUUUCAUGGG